AUGGACAACUACCAGAAGAUUGAAAAGGUUGGCGAAGGCACGUACGGUGUCGUAUACAAGGCAAAGGACCUCAACCCCGGUGCCAAUGGGCGCAUCGUUGCGCUCAAAAAGAUCAGGCUCGAGGCGGAAGACGAGGGGGUACCGUCGACGGCCAUCAGGGAAAUUUCGCUGCUCAAGGAACUCAGAGAUGACAACAUUGUCAGGCUCUUUGACAUUGUCCACCAGGAGAGCAAGCUGUACCUCGUCUUUGAGUUCCUCGACCUCGAUCUGAGAAAGUACAUGGACGCCGUUCCGGCCGACUCCAACGAGGGCAUGGGCCCCGAGAUUGUCAGGAAAUUCACCUACCAGCUGAUCCGCGGCAUCUACUACUGCCACGCGCACCGGAUCCUGCACAGAGACCUCAAGCCGCAGAACCUGCUGAUUGACAAGGAAGGCAACCUGAAGCUCGCCGACUUCGGACUGGCGAGGGCGUUUGGCAUCCCGCUUCGGACAUAUACGCACGAGGUGGUGACGCUGUGGUACCGGGCGCCCGAGGUCCUGCUCGGCUCGCGGCACUACAGCACGGCGAUCGACAUGUGGUCCGUCGGCUGUAUCUUCGCAGAAAUGGCCAUGAGGAGUCCGCUCUUCCCUGGCGACUCUGAGAUCGACGAGAUCUUCAAAAUCUUCAGGACGCUGGGCACACCUACGGACGAGGCGUGGCCUGGGGUCCGGUCGCUGCCAGACUACAAGACAUCGUUCCCGCAAUGGAAGGGCGUUCCGCUGGAGCAAGCGGUGUCGAAGCUGGACCCCAACGGCUUGGACCUGCUAUCCGGCAUGCUGGUCUACGAUCCCGCCGGCAGGGUGUCGGCCAAGAGGAGUCUGAGCCACCCUUACUUCAGCAGCCUCCUGGCCUGA